AGAUAGCUCAUGGAUUUCAUCAAAAAUAUCUUAAUUUGUAUUCUGAAGAAGAAUGAAGGUAUUACAGGUUUGGAACGACAUGAGGUUGAGUAAUUAAUGACAGAAUUUUUAUUUUUUGGGUGAACUAACCCUUUAAGCCGUUUAUGACCUUACUCCGAUAAAGGAAAACUGGUAAACGCGUUUACAUGACCACGUGCAUUGUUGGUUUAUUUAGCAUAAUCGGGUUAAGAACGUGCAUGUAAAUUCACUCAAUGUGAUAAAUGAGUUUUAGGUCAAAAGUAAUGAAAAUGUAUUCAGAUUAUAUUUCCUUAAAUGUGCAAUGUAAUGUAUUACUUUACUAAUUACAAAUUCUGUCGUGUAAUUUGGAACCAACACUGCUUCUAAUCUAAUGAAGGCGCUCUAAAACACGUUCACGUGUGAACAUUAGAGGUCAGCAGUGAGUCGAAUGUAGUCUGAAUACACACUGAAGAUUUUAGCUCAUUAGCACUACCUUUUUUCCCACAGUUAUAGGCUAAAGUUUACAAACAGUAAACUAAAAUUUAGGUAAAUAAAAAUUACAGACACAUUAAACUUUUAGUAAAAUUAAAAUUUAACACUCAGCAAUUGAUUUGAUCACAGAAUGAGCUAAAUUCUCUUCUGUUUAUAACUGAGCUAAAAGUGGCAUGUAAUUCUUUAUCAAACACUUUGCAUCUUAAAGCUGCUGAUACAAUGCAAAUCAGAGGCACUUAUUUUAAGGGAACAUUUUGAAAUGUUUCUGCAUCAUGACCCUGUCAGUCUGCUCCUUGAACUCUGAGCCAGUCCAUUGAAAAGACACAUUGUUUCUUAAGGUUGGUCUUUGAGUCUGUGUUCACUGUGUAGGAGACUGUGAGAGCAGUCUGUGGCAUUAUACUGAAGCUCAGCACCGCUGCCUACAGACAUGGGUUGUUAUGAAUGCUGUAUGCGCUGUCUGGGAGGAGUGCCAUACGUCUCUCUAGUGGCCACUCUACUGUGUUUCUCUGGCAUUGCUCUGUUCUGUGGCUGUGGACAUCAGGCCCUUACAGAGAGCGAAAGACUCAUCGAGACUUACUUCACCCGUGACCAUCAGGACUACAUCACCCUAGCGUACCUUAUUGAGUAUUUUCAGUACAUUAUCUAUGGCCUGGCCUCCUUCUUCUUCUUGUACUGUAUAGUCCUGCUGGCUGAAGGCUUUUACACCACCAGUGCAGUUCGGCAGUCGUUUGGAGAAUUUCGCAGUACAGUUUGUGGUCGCUGUCUCAGUACAACGUUCAUCGUGAUCACAUAUGUCCUGGUUGUAGUCUGGUUGUUGGUGUUCUCCCUCUCUGCGAUUCCUGUCUAUUUCUUCUACAACAUGGCAAACACCUGUCACACUAUCCACAUCCUCUCUGAAACACCCUCCAGCAUCAACCAGCUGUGCAUUGAUGCCAGACAGUAUGGUUUACUUCCAUGGAACGCAGUGCCAGGAAAGGCUUGUGGGAUGACCCUGUCUAAUGUGUGCAAGACAAGAGAGUUUUUCUUGACCUAUGAUCUCUACAUCGCUGCCUUCGCUGGAGCGGGGAUGACAGUCUUGGCUCUGCUCACAUAUACUGUGUCCACCACCUAUAACUUUGCAGUUCUACGGUAUCUGGGGAGGAAAGGCAUCAGUCCGCGGUGUUAACAUCUCUUCUGUCCUGGUGUUCACGGUGUCCCUCUACCCUCAAUAACAGCACCAUAUUGGAGCACUUUAGAGUUUCUCAUCUCUUGCUUUUCCACAACACGGUUUCCUGACUGUCUUUUAAAUUCUUGGAUGUAAAGGUUUACAUUCUGGAAUCUUUUCUCCAAACUAUCUUUCAUCUAAUUUUUCCACCUAUACCCCUCCUGUCCACCAGGAGAAGUAUUCUGCCUUCAAGUCCUCUGGGAUAUUAUAACUGUGCUAAUGUAACAAAACGGACAGUAUUAGGUGUGCAAAGGAUCUAUGUAUUUUAUCUGUGUAUUUUAUCAUUCUUGUGCCUCCACAAAGAAUGACGGCAGUUGUGGUUUGGUCACAGUUGCCUCAUAAACCGGCUAAACGAGUAGUAUUUUCAUCCCAGCUUUACCAAUAUUCUUCUUCAGCAGUACAUAACUAAACUGUAGAGUCAACAUUCACAAUGACAACCUAAUUACACGCCACUGUGCGCUUAUCUUGAUCAUCAGGGUUGCCAAGUCUGUGGUUUUCCUCUGGAAUUAGGCUACAUUUAAACGGUUGCCACAGGUUUAUUUGAUUGAAAUGCCUGUAUUGAGAUAUUGCACAUUCUACCAAUUAUAAAACUAGUAAGAAGCCUUUGAGCUCCUGUGAGCUCAUUUAUAAAAAGUUGAAAUUGUGUAUAUAAUGCAUAACACUGACUGUAAAAUGUGUAUUUUAGGUAUGGGAUGGCAUAUUUUGAGUUUUGAUUAUUUGGCAGUGUGUAAUCGGCUAGUUUUGUUACACAGACCUGGCAACCCUGACGAUUGAAGGCAGCUAUUUGAUUCUAUUUUUUUACCCUUUUUAUUAUUUUGUUGUUGUUUUUGUUUUUAAAAUUUGAUACUAUAGACCAAAGAUAUAUAUACAUAGAUGCCUCAUAUACAUAAGCCAUCCGCCAUAUUGGAACGGUCAAAGUCGGUCCAUGAACAUUUGAGAGCAAGCUGAUUGAGCGUCUGCAACCGCAUGUACGAAUAUCUAUCUGCAAUAGACUUCAGCAGAUGACUUUCGUAAACUAACACAAUACAACAAGAUGAAGGUGUCAGCUAACACGACAUUAAAAAGGUACCGUAUAGUAAAAGUAAAAAAGUACCUUAGUAAAAACCUGUAAUAUUGAGUUAAUAUAUAUAAAACACAAACCAACACAUUCUCACCUGUUAACUGUUAUCCCAUUUCACAACCAAAUUCUGUUGUGGCAUCAUUCUUACUGUGAGUGACGACACGCUGAUCGUUCUAAGAUGGCGGGAAUGCUGAUGUGUCUGGAGCUGGAGCGAUGGCAUCUACGUAUAGAUAUCGAUGCCAUAGACCUUAUGUGCCAGAGAAAGAAGCGCGCAGCCAUCUUUACAAUAUUGUGUUCGAACUUCCGUUUUUGCGGUAGCUCUGUAUAUUUCUUUGGCAUUACUGUCGAAGAGUAAUUAGUUGGUGAAAUGGUUAUUUAUCACAAGCAUUGUUAUCACGCAGCGCUAAAAGGGGCGAGGCUACAUAAGGUCUCUACUAGCAGGAUAGUUUGAUUGUUUCUUUUUUAAAUAUUUGUUUAGUUAGUAUAUGAGUCCAUUUGAGACUGUCUGUGGGUUUAUCUAUAAUUUAAGUUACUUAAUUGGACAAAAUCUAUACUUGUUUUAGAAAAUUAAAAAUAAAUGGCUACACUUUAUUUUGAGGUUUCAGUGUUACAGUGUAAUUAUACAUUUAAAGGUGCAAUAUGUAAGAAUUUUGCAGUAAAAUAUCCAAAAGCCACUAGGCUUAUAU